GUGACACGUUCUUACGCGUCGCGGGUACACGUUUUGUGUAAAACGAAAAAACCUGUGCGUGUGUGUGUGUGUGUGUGCAUUUGCCGAUGUUCUUUGACACUUGCCCCCGCCGUCGAGGCGCGCACCGUGAUGGAAUAAUGUCGGGAAUUCUAUUUUGAAAUUGCAUCAUGCUGCGUCUGGACAAUAUUGCCUUUGCUCUGUCUGGUAUGCUUCACUCAACCAUCCGCCUCCGCAUUACACACACUACCUGGCCUGUCGUGGCCGAGGCCGAAAAAGCCGGCAAAAAAUAAAAACAAAAUCAUCUCACGCGAUCCUUUUGCUCUCACGUCGUCGUCGAUGUCGUCGUCGUGUCGUUAUCUCUCCUAAACUUUGCUCACUUCUCAUCGUUUUGAGUCCUGGUUUUGGGAGUGUGGGGGAUGAAAACAUACGGUAGGGCAGAGACAGCAGCGCAGCAGCGGUAUGAUGAGGAGGGUGGUGUGUGGCAGGAUGUAGCCUAAAGAACUCGUCGGCCACCUCUUACCCCGCUGGCUGGUUAUCUAAUGCUGAAGCCGGAUUCAAAUUGCUUGCAAACGUCGCUCGAGGUUUGUUUCACGUUUUUAGGAAGGAGCUGCCUGCAUUGAGUAGUUAGCUUUUGCUCGCUCACACGACGUUGUCAAGGUUAUUGACUGCGAAGAGCCUGAAAAUGCAAUCCUAGUAACCAUGGGAGGAAAAUUCGACUCCAUUUGUAGAGAGCGGCCAUUUGGAAUAGGUUGAAAUUCUUUAGAUCGUAGUGGAAUUCACGAAUCCAAUGUGAAACAAGGGCUUUUAGGUAAGGCUUCAGAUUGGGGGACAUGGCGGUUUGUGUGGAAGGUGUUAGUUAAUGCGAUUGUGCUGUUUUUAUUUUAGUUCGGAUCCUGCAACUUGAGUCGGAAUCUACUGAACCUGUGGUUCACGCUUACGAAACGAAUUGAACGUCAUCUUUAACAGUUGACGAACGAAUCGAACAGGUGCAAUCAUCAUAAACGCUAGCUCAGUCACGGAUAGUGCAAGUGCAUAUUGUUGCACUCUCUGUUAAGGGGCCAAUUUGGAACUCUCCUGAAUACGCACGCAAUCACGAGAGACACAUACAAUUCGGGGUAGUGAAGUAAGGGCCGGAAGUGACGAGAGGUGGUAGACCGUCGCGUGAGAACUUCCGUCGAAUCACGCGGCCGAGUUUAUGUCAGAAAACUCUUAGCUCCCCCGCGGUCCCUAUUACUUUUUGCCCGCUGACACAUUACCAAGGAUCGUCAACCUCCUUUCCCAUAAGUGAGAACUAUUGACACGUUACGUUUUAUUACUUAAUUUUCGUGCGUAAGUAGCGUGCACCUCACGCUAGGUGUGUGUGUCGUUUGCCAUCUGCAGAUCGCCCGGGUAACGCGGACUCCUUCGGUUGUCGCCGAGUUGGUGAUGAUGAUCGCGGGUGUUUUGAAGAUUUUUCCCGCAAAACCCCCCGGCCCCCUGGCUACACUAUCGCCAAGGUGUCACUAACUUUGCGAACUGUGAUUCGCUCAAAAUGGUGCGUGCGUUGUGAAUGAAUUGAAUGUCCACGCAACAUCAUGAAUGAAUCAACUGUGUAUCUGCGUGCGUAUGUGUGUAUCACACACCAUGCUAAGUACAUAGGAGAGAAGACAUAGAUUGGAAUGAUCGAAAGGUUCAAAGCGGGGCGCACCCCACGCGUGAUGCGUUUUUUUCCGCGCACCACACAAAAUACAUUAUUGAUGUAUGGUGCAUGCGGAUGCCUUGGAUGAUGAAGAAGAGCUUUUUUUAUUUUUUUUGUUAAUGGCCCUUCCCCCCUGUGUCAAUCCUGUUGAAUUGUCUGUCGUGCAAUCGCGUUUACUCAGCUGAAAGUGAGAGGCUGGUGCAUACAUAGGUGGUGGUUCGUACUCUGCGCGCUCCUUACUCAACUCGGUUCCAUUCCCACACCGUGCAGCACCCAUUCUAACGUGUGAUGAUGUUCAUGAUGGGUGCGUGUGGUGGUGUGCUCUAGCAGAGAGUAUCAGCAGCAACAGCAGCAGGUUGCUGAGACUAUCGCGUGCUACGAGACAGCUGGUUUCGGAGAGCCCUCCCCCUGCUACUGCUGCUGCUGCACACGUUCGUUGACAGCUCGAGAACAGAAGAGUAUGCUGCGUGCGCCCGUCACGACGUGCAUGUGCGUACGCGAUUAUCGCCGUGUAGAGCACACGAGAGUGUCAGUCCGCCGUGACCGUUGCCGAGAGUAGGGGCCAUUACGGAGUGAACAGAUAGCGAAUAGCAAAUUUAAGGAUUCCAUCCAUCCCGAAACAAAAGACGACGUGGCAGAACGCGAAAGUGUAUUUUUCGGAUGAUGUACUGUGUUCGUGUACGAAUGUCCGUCCGCAAGAGAGCCUCAGCGCUGAAACGACGAUAGUGUGCGAGAAAGUGCGUUUCAUAAAGGAAGAGUACGCCACCGUCGCCCGCGUGUGUGUUCACCCCACCUGCUGGUAUAGUGUGUGUGUAUGUGUGUUGGUGGUGUUGGUGUGAAAGGUGAAGAGUUAAACGCACGCCGCGAACCGCUCUAACCGUGCGACAUAAUUGAUCGCGCGCGCGUGUGAGUGCUUGUGUGUUGUGUGUGUCUGUGCGCCUGUGUGGAGAGGACCACCCCACCAUAACCCCCCGGGGAGGCACACUUCCCACACUUUGGGCGUCGAACGCCCCACCGAGUCGGGGGGCCAAUAGUCGUUUUCGCGAUUGGCUUUGUUGUUGGUUUCGGGUUGAGUUUCUAUGCUGUGAGCGAGUGUUUGCGAAAAGACAUCCGCAAAACCGUGUGUCAUUUGCGCUGCUCUAGUAGCAAACCAGCGACCGCAGUGUUCCCUCGUGAUAAUAUAAUGAGUCCGGUGGUCCGGGCACUAUCCGCUGCCUUCCAGCUUCCAGCGUACUGAGCAUUAAGAGAGCGCGAAAUAGGCGCAGCGGGAUAGAUAAAGGUUUGUGGUCAUUCUCCACCACAACACCAUCAUCCACCGCCCGCCCGGGCACUGACGAAAAGUUAUUGUUCCCGUCGACAAGUAUCCGCGCUCUAGUGUGUGUGUGUAUGAGUGUGCGUUUAGGACGAGAGGAGAAGCCUUUGUUGUACUGUCGAAACAGUAGCAUCACGCGAGCAGUUGGUCCUCCGCUUGGCAGCAGCACCUCAACAUAUUUCGCCUAAUCCGAGGAUCCGAGACAGACACGAAAUCAUCCACCCUAUACGGCACCUAGUGUGUAGGUGAUCGGCGUGGUGAAGGACGUUGCUCAUCAAGUGAACCAAGCGCGCCCCUCCAAGGAAGUAGUCAGUAGUGAAUCAACGAGUCCCAUCAGUCAUCCUCACGGAACGCAACGGAACGACGGCGGCGGCGGAGCCGCUCGCUGCUGGUUGCACCAGCAACCGGACCACCCUUCCCGUAUCAGACGGUUCCGCUUCGUAGCUUCACAACGCAUUUGUAGCAGCGGAAGCAGCAGCAGAAGAAGGACGAGAAGGAGUGAGAGAAGAGAAUAGCGCGGGGAACGGCUCCCCAAGUUUCUCCCCUUAGCGGCGAGAGAAGAGGAGCAGAAGAUUAGUUGAAGUGAAAACCCAAACAAACGCACUCGUCUCGUCGGCUCCGGAUUAUGGAUUCUGGCUACGUGUUGAUGAAUGGGGAUUCGGGCAAAUUGUCAGCCAGCACAGCAGCAGCAGGCAGCACAAUCAUUACCAGUGGCAUGUCCGGUUUGACGAUCAUUGCACAGCCCCCACCACCAGGUGUCGCUGCGACCGUUGGUGGUGGUGGCAGCGUACUACACAGCUCGCUAGUAUCGGCAGCAGCAGCAGCUACAGCAUCCAACAACACGGCUCCAGCGGCCGCUCCAAUGGAUUACACCGCGCUCAAUGGGAGCGCCUCCGACUCGUCGCCCUCUGGCGGGGCAGUUCCGGUGGCGGAAUACUACGAAGAUGGUGGAAUUGCUGCCGCCACGACCAACAUUACACCCGUUACCAACCCUAGCAAUAGUAAGGGCAGCAGCAGCAAUAACAACAAUAGUUCUUCGCUGCUGCUCGUCAGCAACCAUCAUCCAAUCACGCCAACUGGAGGAGGAGGAGGAGGUGGAACCGAUAGCGGUGUUGGUGCUACUAUAGUGUCGGUUACAUCGAUCGAUGCGGUUCGCGGCGGCGGUGGUGGCCAGACCGUCGUCACCAGUGAUAGCAACAGCAACAGCAAUGGUGCUACUACUAAUACUGGUACCAACAGUAGCAGCAGUACCACCGAACACAACGGAAUGCCUUUAGAGCAGCUGAAGCAGCUGCUACAAACACAGCUUGAUUAUUAUUUUUCGCGAGAAAAUCUCGCGAACGAUACAUAUCUACUGACGCAAAUGGACAACGAUCAGUACGUGCCAAUUUGGAUCGUGGCGAACUUUAACCAGGUGAAGAAGCUUACGAAAGACAUCAAGCUAAUCACCGAGGUACUGCGCGAGUCGCCGAACGUGCAGGUGGACGAGGAAGGCCAAAAAGUGCGCCCCAACCACAAGCGGUGCAUCGUGAUAUUGCGCGAAAUCCCCGACAAUACGCCGGUCGAGGAGGUGAAGAAUCUGUUCAUUGGUGAGAACUGUCCCCGCUUUAUUUCCUGCGAGUUCGCCCACAACAACUCGUGGUAUAUCACGUUCGAGUCGGAUGAGGAUGCUCAGCGUGCCUUCCGGUAUCUUCGGGAGGAAGUAAAGGAAUUUCAGGGAAAACCAAUCAUGGCGCGAAUAAAGGCCAAACCGAUGAAUCGGCUUCCGAUUGCAUCCGUUGGCGGUGGCGUACCGCUAAAGAACGGAUUGAACGGCUUCCGCACUACAUCACCACCGGGAUCGGUGGCGGCAGUUACUGCUGCGACGGGCGGUGUCGUACCGCCGGCAGCAACUCCGACAGCAACUGCUGUUCCGGCGGCCGUGUACGAUCCAACGCAGACGGCUGCCGCGGCUACUACGACGACGCUGACCGCUUUCCCCGGUGGUCAGCGGUACAUCCUGCAGCACAAUGGACCCCUACCGCAGGGUACGGUGCCUAGCUAUAACGGUCCGGUUCAUAUGUUUCCAUUCCAGCAGCAACCACUGUACUCCGGGUACGUGCAGUCGUGGCAGCCGGCACAAGGUAGCUACUUCGACAUGUGCUCUUUUCUGACGACGAACGGCAUAUCGACGCAGCUCACCGCAACGUAUCCUGCAAGUGGGUCCACAGGAGGUGGUAGCGGAGGUGGAACUAAUGGUGGCAGUGGAAGCGGCGUUAGUGGAAAACAACAAAACGGACGAUACGGCGGUGUAGUUCCCGGUGGAGGAUCGCAUCGGCAGACAGGACCUCGCAAUAAGCGGCAAUCGCAACAACAUCAGCAACAACUUUUGAACAACGAUAGUCAACCAGUUACAUCGAACAACGUUGGUGGUGGCGGCAGCCUCCAUCGAAUGGUGGGAAAUCAGCCACAACAGUCAAGCUACCAGUCUGCGGCAGCCGCGGCCGGUUUGCAGCAGCAAACCACUCCCACAGCCUAUCAACAAUCAGGCGGAACGGGUGGCAGUGGUGGGAAAAGCUCCGCUGGUUUACUCGGUAGUGGCGGCAAGCUAACGUCAAUUGGUGCAUCCACCUCGACGACGACCUACCUUAAGGAUGCAGCUGGCAAUCCAAUUGCCACGCUUCCGCCGGGUGCAGUGUUCGUUCCACAGUACGCACACUAUGUGCCUACUCAGCCGCAGCAACAGCAGCCGCAACAGCAGCACUACGGUAUCGAAACUGUUGCUGCGGCUGGUGGUGGAACACUCGAGGUGCUCGUUCCGCAGCAACAGGUGUACCACGACGAGAGCGCAGGCGGUACCGUACUUGUUGUGCCUUCGUAUGUUACGACCGGUGGUGCAGGUGGUGGUGGAGGUGGUCGUAAGAACAAUAACAACCAGGUGAAUGCCUCUACAGCAGCGCUGCCGAAUGAUGGUUCACAGCAUCAACAGCAGCAGCAACCCUGGAUUAUGACGAAUGCUCCGCGAAGGAAUCCUCGCCGAAGGAAAGAAGAAAUGCAAAUGUCGAUGGAUGUUGGGGGUUCCACAGUGAUGUAUACCACUGGCGUUGGUAGUGGCGGCAAUAUGCGCUAUAAUGUAAAUAGUGGCAGUAAUGCAAACGGUGCGAACACCAACAGUGCUGGUAGCAAUAGCGGUAAGAUGCAUACAACUAGUCUGGCCACGCAACAGCAGUUGGCUACAUCCUCGGUCGUCGCGGUCCCCUCUUCGGUCUCGUCAGCCUCGGCCGGUACCGGCGGUAAAUAUCAUCACCACCAGGGUCGUCGUGGAACCACCGAAAGUGCAACUACCGGUGGUGGAAACUACAGUGGUGGGGGUGGAUCGGCAGGUGGGCCAGUCCUGGCGACGGGAGAUGCUGUCGGUGGAACAACACCUGGUGCAGGGGGAGGAGGAGGAGUUGGUUAUGUGCAGCAGCAUCCGCAGCAACACCACGGCUCAUCACAACAGCAGCAGCAUGGCCAUUCGCACCACCAUAAUCGUAACGUGAACGCGUCUGGUGGUGGUGGUGGUGGUGCUGGAAGUGCCAUGGAAUCAGCCUCUGGUUCCUCCUAUCAGCACGGAGGAGUUGGAGGUGGAAGCCAUAAGAUACAGGAACUGUUGCCACACCCGCAGCAUCACCCUCAGGUUCAGCAACAGCAACAACAAUAUCAGCAUCAUCAGCUAUCACAACAUCAUCACAACACCCAUCAGCAGCAGCAACAGCAGCAGCAGCAGCAGCAGCAACAGUCACAUCAUCAUCAACAGUCAUCGACCAGCCACCUGCAUCAUCAUCACCAGCCGCCGGCCCACGGAAGCAAUAAUCACCAGCAGAGCCAUCAUAAUUCGUCUGGACAGCAGCAACAACAGUUCCAACAGCAACAUUCACACCAUCAACAUAACCAUCAGAACACACAGCAGCAACAACAAUCGAUAAUGGCCUCGUCUUCGGCUUCGUCAUCCCAGCAGCAACAGCAUCAUGUGACGGUAGUUUCGGCUGGAGCUACUAACACAUCAUCAUCCAACAACAGUGGCACAAUCACUAACGCUAGCGCAGUGUCUGCUGCUGCUACCACCAGCAAUACCAAUAACGCCAGCAGCAACAGCAACAGCACCAACUCGUCGAACACCACCACCACCAACAGUGUUCAGUUCGAUCUCGAACCAGCAGCAUUUCCGCCUCUGCCAGGGCACGAUGGACGAAGCAUUCGUUCGGGUUCCUCUUCUUCGGGGAGUAAUGCAACCGGCGCUGCUAGCAGUGGCGGUGGUCGCUCCAAGGGAUCUCUCCCUUAUGCUACUCAGCAAACUGGUGGUGCUGCUGCUCACCAGCAGCAGCAGCAGCAGCAGCAGCAUCAUGCUGUCGGCGGUGGUAGCUCUGCUUCCCAUGCUACUGGAUCUGCCACAGACGCGUCCUCCGCCGGAGGCAGCGUUACCAAUAGUGGUGCAGCAGCGAACAACAGCGCCGCACACUCGGGACCCGCAUCAUCCCCUGCUACGGUCCACGCUCCAGUCCCCGUUUGGGGUGAAACUCACCGGCUGGCGGACGUCGUGAAGGGAACUAUCCCGAAGGGGGCUGCCCGCCCUGCACUGUUGCCCGUUCCAGGGACGACAGUUGCCGCCAUCGUAGCCGGUACGGUUGCCGUGCCUUCUUCCGCCUCUUCCUCACUUUCGCCCGCGACCGGCUCGAAUGGCGGAGAGUCGCAAAGUCAGAAAAGCACAACACCCGCCACUAGUAACGCCACGGGUACGGCGGCGACGGUUUCUAGCGGCGUUGUGGGGUCUGGUGGAGACAGUGGAAGUGAUGCCAAAUUGCAAGAAUCCAGUACCACCAGCGGUACCGGUAGCAACAAUCAGCAGCAGCAGCAGCAGCAGCAUUCUAAAACUGUGAUAUCAUCCGUAAAUGCGGUCACCGCUAAUGGUGGUGCUAAUGCUAGUGGUAGUGUGACUACCAAUCACUCGUCUGUCACAACAUCAUCUAGUGCGACGGCAACAGCAAUGACGACAACAAGCGCGGUCACACCGUCGAUCAACAACAACUCCUCAUCUGCUACUGGUGUUUCAUUAGCAGCAAAUGCCACGACCGUGGCAACGGGAACAACGACCACUGCUAAUAAAUCUACAAAGACUGACGAAUCGUUGCUGCAGCAGAUGUCGCCUUCACCGGCAACAACGGUGUCGGUGAUGGCUGGUGGUAAUUCCGGCGAUCAUCAGCCAACGCGUGCUGUCCCUGCGGUGUCCUCGUCGGCUCCGACGACGGCCAACGCGGCCACGAUGACCUCGACUGAUUUCGUUUCUUCAUCUGCUGCUACUGCCGCCUCAUCUUCCAGCUCCUCAUCCAAGCAUACCGGCGGUGGCGCAGGUGCUACACCACCGUCGUCGUCUUCAAAGACAAACGCAAAACCGGCAGCACUAGCAACCACUAGCGGCAACAGCAGUAAUGUGGCCAGCAAAUCAACAACCGCCACACCGUCGAUGGCGGGUGCUGGUACCACCAAUUCUUCCACAACGACACAUUCUCCACAACCGCCAACCUUUUCGUUACAAAAUCAUCCACCGCUGGUGCCACUGCUGGAAACGGCCAGCAGUAACAGUGGCGGUAGCACGAUUCCUCCGGGACCAGUAUCUUCUUCCGGAUCGGCUCCGCUGGUACGGCUAAGCUAUGCUCAAGUUGCCCAGCAUUUGGCCGAGCAGUCGAAGGAAAAGGAAGUACCAGCAGCAACUGCUGCUACUGCUACGACUCCGCACCACCACCAUAGCCAUCCAGUUGCAUCGACUGCUGCAGCACAUGCUUCUGCUUCCAGUGCUUCCGGUGGAAUGGAAAAGGAAAAUCAUAGCACUGUCACCGUGGGCUCGUCGUCGUCGUUCACAGCACCUAUGCCUAACACCAUCGCCAGUAACAACAAUAAUAAUAACCACGUAAGCAGUGGAUCCUCCGUUCAGGAAUCAGCAUCAGCGCCAUACGAUGCUGGAGUUGGCAACAGUAGCCAUGCUUCUGGUGGAAACCAUCACCAACACGUCAACAGUACAACCGGUGGCGGUUUUAUCGGGGUCCCAAGCAGACGGAAGGACAUGACAGGUGGUGGUCCACGAGCGGCGUCAGCAACGGUGGCAGGAGGAGGCUCAGUGCACCAUCAACAACAUGGUGAAGGUUUUCGAGAGCACCGUGAUUCACGUGGCAAUCAGCAACAACAUCACCAUGGUGCCGGUGGUAACACCAACUCACGCAAUAACGCCAAAGAUUACCGUCCGUUUUCCGGCUCGGCAAGCGGUGGCCAUAAUGCCGGUCAGCAGCAACAUCAGCACUCGACGGCAGCAAGUAGCGUCGUUCUUGGUGGUGGUGGUUCACGGCAUGGUGGUACCGAACAGAACAACAAUCAUGCGUUACAUCAUCAUCAUCAAGGUGGUAGUGCUAGAAACACUGGUGGAGGAGGCGGAAAUAACAACAACAAUCAUCACCACCACGCUGGCAAAUCAAUGGGUGGCGGUCCACGAUCUGCCCGACCGCAUCAGCUGAAGGACUAUGUUACCCAACCGCAUCAGCAGCAGCAUCACCAUCACCAGGGACAACAGCAGCAUCCGCGCAGUCCUAAAUGAUGGCGAUUAAUUUGGAUCUAAAACGUACGACCAGCAGGAGGCAGCACAUCGUUCUCUAUUUCUUGAUCGGCAACAUCGGAAGCAGCUAUCAUCAUCAUCAUCUACCCACCAGCAUUAUCGUCCUACGCCACACCGUAGUAACGUUUUGCCAUGAGAUCAUCUGUGGACUGCUUCUAGCGAAGCGGUACUCGCAGAAAGUAAAUGAGGGAAAACCAUCGGAAUAUAGCUAGAAAAAUGGAAUUUUGAAGCACUCACAAAGAGCGAAACAGAUCUUUGAAGUAGAAGAGGAAUCGGGUGAGAAUAACACAUACUUUCGGGCGGAUGGUAUACGGAUGAAAAUUUUCAUUUCCUUUUUCACCGGGGACAAGCUCUGUUGGCGAAUAAAACAGAACCUGAGAUAGUACCCUUGAUCGGAAAGACAAAGUUUUCCUAGAGUUGGGGCCACUAAUAAUCUAUUAUUUCUACUUCACACACAUACACCUUUUUCCAAUGCUUUAUUCUGCUAUACUUUGUGAAAUCUUUAAAUAACGAUUUUCAUAAUCGAGUAGAGGAAAUGGUUAGUUAUUAUCUUUUACCAUUUCCGAUAUUUUGAAUAAGCGUUCCCUGUCCCUGGCCGUUCUUAGUUUCCUAUGAAUAUAGAUAGAUACAUGGUAGACUCUACUGUACCUUCACAUAAUCUACAUUAAAACUAAAAUAAGAACAGUUGUAAACCAUGGACUGUUCUUACAAUGUUCUCCAAUUUGAACAGCGAUCGGACAUUUGGGCAUGUACUGCUGGCACAAUAGAUGGAAAUUCGUGUCAAAUUUCCUUUAAUUUUUUGUGGACGGGUCGAAGAUUAAUUAUCCUUCUUUUUUUUUUCAAUCAACACCCAUUCGUCUGUCUUCGUCUUCUAAGAUUUGUACGCUCGUGAAUAUGCUCUACUGUUUGGAAGAACCGGAAAUUUUUCAAUUGCAGUACUCCUAAUCGAAAAGACGGUCAUAUCUGCAUUCUUACCGCUACCACAACACUGUGCUCAUGAUGAAGAAUAGUAUAGCCAAGAACGAAAGGAACGACAAGGCAAGCAGCACAAGGUUGCACGUUGAAAAAAGAAUCCACAAUGGAGAUACAGAGAAUUUGGUUUUAUGUUCACUUGCGCAUGUAACUCCUUGAAGAAAUUUAAGCUCUUGCUAAAGAGGUAUGCGUUUCAUUCUUCUAUUAAUUGGAUAGUGAGCAUACGCAUCAUGGAGCGGGAGACACCUCUUUUGUUUGCGUGUGCGAUAACUGUGAUGCGCAAACGGCAAGUCACCGGUAUUUCCAACAAACACGGAAAUCGUGCCAGUAUCUCUCGCACACAUACACACAACGCUCUAAUGGCCUGGUUAUUGAUGUGUUUCCUAUUAUUUUUUUUAUUAUACUGAAACACAUACUAUUUGUUCUCCUAAUGAUUAGCAAUUAUAUUGUUUUCUUUAUGUCUUUGUUUUCUUGGACUGGUGAUUUACAAGAAAUGGAAAUGAAAUAUUCUUUGCUUCGUUUCGUCGUUAAUACGAUUUAGCCCAGCCCUCCCCUUCUCCAUACCUUCCUUUUUAAUUGAUUAAAUGCAUUACUUCUACCGAGCGUCGUUUGCUAUAAUUAUUACAAUGCUAUGUUCAUCUAUUAUUAUUAUUAUUAUUAUUAUUAAUAUUAUUCUUAUACUUAUGAUUAUUAUAAAAUUAUUGAUAUUUCUACCGCAAUUCAUUGUUACGUUGUUGUUAAUUGAUAGGGGAGUGUAACAUUAAAGGCCCAAUCGUAAAGGAGGAAGCAGCUCGAUAGCAAAUGGGAAACCCACACGAAGUGUGCGCUUGUUUGCAGAGGCGCGUAGGACGAGGAACUGGGAUGAUAUGAUGCAGCAGAAGGAGUAGGCAUUAGUGAAUAUUUUGAUUUUGUUAAGAGUUUUUUGGAAAAAAGAACAGCAGUGAAUCGAGUAUAGUACGGAAACGUGCGCCGAUUACACCUUCCAGAUCUUUCUAAGUCCGUAUAGUAAUAUUCCUCCUUUUUAUUUCUCACAAAGGAUAUACUAUUUGGUCCUUUACUUCUUCAAACACCACACAAUCGACACAAACGCAGAGUAAACACAAAUGUGCUAGAUCAACAUAGGAACAUAGAAGAGGAUCUUAGGACGGUGCGAGUAAAGAAGGUAGUUAUUUAAAAAGUAAUUUUUGAAUCUAUUCUCAGUGAACCUUUCAGCUCCUCCUCCGAUGAGACAGUGAUGCUAGAAAGAGAAAAGGAAGAGCAGGUUGUUCGAAGCGUGAAGUGUUGUUAAAGCAAACAGGAAAACUGUUCGCGCGAGCUGUUGAAGCGUCAAGCACAAGCUACUGCCGACAAUAGGUUGAUUGAAAGUAGGGAUUUGAGCCCUAGUUCAACCGUGUUCUCGCAAGACUGUGGCUGGUGGCGCUAUAUGGAACAGAUUUAAAUGUAGUUGUCGUGAAUGGAAGGGCGUUAACUUAGUGAUGUAUCAGUCCAAGACUAAAAAAGGAAACCACAAGACAAGAACCAGAGAAGAACAAAACAGUGAGUUAAUAUAAAAAUGACGAAUACAGCAUACCAAUGCUGCCCUUGCGGCGCUGAUAGGAGAGCAAGCAACAAAACCGUACGCGAAAGAUUCAAAAGUAGCUGCGCGCAUCAAUGAAUGACAGCAGAAUUAAUCUCAUGUUGCCUGCUAUUACUACAGCUACUAUUACUACUGCUACUACUACUCCUACUACUACGUAGAGAACAGAAUUCGAUACGCUGAAGAAGAAAAAAACAGAAACACAAUACAAACCCCGUAAAUAAUAGACGGUAGGCUAAAAUAGAUAAAACGAAGCAAACAAAAAGAAAUCAGAACUUUGAUGAAAAAAAAGGAAACAAGUUAUAGUUUCUACAGUGUGUGCACCGUGCAAUUGGGUAAAAUGAAGAAAAAUACAAACAAAAACAGACACACCGGCGUAUAGAAAGUGCGAUUCAAUUCCCUUCAGCCAGCCUACGGGCACAGAACGUUUAAGCAUAUUACAAAAUAGUGAAAUGAAGCUAACCAUCGUCUGCGCAGUAUGCGUAUUACGCAAAUGCUGGAUGAAAUGUUCGCAUGGAUGUUUGGCGUAUCAGAUUUUCUCCUUCGUUGGUUCCUGUUUUGAUUGUCCUGUUAAUGUUAAUUUCCUGUUCUCCAACUCUCUAACAGUGCAUUCGGAAGUUUCACGGACGUUCUGCUCUCGGUUACCUUCUGAUUUUGGUUUUCUCACUACAAGCCCCAGAGCCCGGUUCCGAAUCGACCGAUUUAGUAGUUGUAGUAAAUGAUUUCACGAGCAGGCAACAAAAAGCGGAUUCAAACCCGGAAUCCACAUUUCUGCUAUGUUCGUGCGCGUCGGUGUGCAUUUAAUGUAUUUUCUUCAGUUUAGCUUAGUUCCAUUUGUUUUGUUUUCCUUAACCAUGAAAUCCUCGGAACUCUUAAACGCUCGGUAUGGUAGAAUUCUCGGAAAUAUUGGAAUACAUUCUGCCUGCUCUUGUAACUCGUUUUACUCUAUAGGAAUUGUAUGGAUAAGCAAAUAUAAGCCACAGCGAAACGAACUGAAGCGAUGACUCUCGGGAAGAUAGAAAUAGUUCGCGUUUUUGUUUUCUUUUAUUCAUUUACCUCAUUUACUGCCAUUUCGGAAGAAUAAAAUCCUCCUAUCCACCCGUGUAGCGCACGGUCGAAUGGGACGACGUGAAGUUAGUGAUAGCAUAAAGAAAAGGAUCCGGAGAGCUCCUUUCGUGGUAUCGGCCACGUUGGUUUCGAUAGACGGAAGUAUACGAUGCCUGAAUAAUAAUAAUCGGUUCUCGAUCGGUUGCGGAGAUCUUUUGCCGCACGGGCCUCGGAUUUCGAAGCGCCGCUACAUUUUUCUCUCGAUUUGUCUCCUCUGGCAUCGGUUCGGUUCUGUUUCGGUGUAACGGUGUUGUUUCUUUUUUCACUGAUCAUUUGCGUGGUAACAUCUGCAUUUUCGCGAGGAUUGCGUUUCCUAUCUAUAGUUAAUGCAUGCUCCAAUAUGAUAUCCUAUCGCACAUCGAAGGAUUCAUUCAUGUUUGUUUGUGUCUUAUGUUGCUUUGGUUUGCUCGUUUUCCGCACCACCAACUGUUGUCUGUUUGUCAGUCAUUCGAAAGCCUACUGCCUGGUACCUAGGGUAUGUGUGCUGCAAGCUAUUAACUAAUAUGGUUGGUGGAGCAUAAAGGAUUUUGGAGGGGUGAAAGCGAAUGCAAGUGAUCGAUUUAAUAUGGUAGUCGAAGCUUUAGUAAAAAGGAAAACAUAUACACAUGUACACGCACACGUACAUAAUUGGUGAAAUAUUUCGUCGAGGACACGCGGCACACACAGUAUCCAUUUACAGCUAAACACACCACAGUGUAAUGUUGAAGGAUGAUUUCAUUCGAUCGAGAUGCGGAAGGGGCAAACCUUUGCAAAGUGGUACCACUGGUAGCAAAUAAUGAAUCUAUCCGAAGUUGUUUAUGGGUUUGUUGCAGUGUGUAUUUUUAAAUUGAAAAUUUCUUUAACGCAUAGGUGCAUAGAACCCAUAUAGAUUACCAACAGCGACAGAGCAAAUAGAAACUGGUAGUAGGGCAGCCGACGAACAGAGUUGAACAAAACAAAAUCAGACACAGAAAGAUAAACACUAUAUACAACAACCGUAGGUUAGCUAUUGUAUAGUAAUGUGCAAAAGGGGCGCUAUGUUGAGGAACGAAUUGGGAGAAUAUGUGGUGUGUGUGUGUGUGUGUGUGUGUGGGUCACGGGAAAGAAGGGCAACUACUGUAGAAGAGAAAGGAGGAUGGCGCACAGGAAGAACGAAGUUCGGACGAGUGCGUGUUCGUGGGACAGAUAGCAUACUAAAGAGCCUAGGUUUAAAGAAAGGACGGAGUGCGCGAAGACGUGGCGAAUAGGCGCGCAGAAGGUGGCACAGAAAUGUGACGAAAUACAGAAAGAUAUAUGGAUUCUAUAUAUAUAUAGGUAUAUAUAUAUACAUACAUAUAAAGCUAAGGGAAACAAAGUAUAUACAUUAUAUAUAUAUACAUUAAAAUAUAUACACAACUCUAAUGAUAAACAAAGCAAAAAAACUGGUUACAAAUAAGCAAACGGUUACGCGAGGCGCACAGUCAGAAACAGCAACAGUAGCAUUCGUUGUUGUGAGGUGCGGAUGCAAGGAAUCCUUUCCCCCGGAGUGCGACGGUGCGGAAGCGCAAGCAGACGAUUUCGUAUGACUGAUGGGCCCACGGAGGCAGCGGGACACAAGGGGAUAUAGAUAUGUAGGAAAUGUUUUUGAAUGAUUAGAGAUAGGGAAAGAGGAGAGAGUGAGGAGAAGGAGGAGGAGAUGGAUAGAGAAAAAACGAAAUGUAGGCAAAUGCUAGCAAGAAAUGGCGCAGACCAACUUUAUCGUAAGGUAUAUCGGCCCCUUCCCGCCCCCCGGUUCUGUUCGUGAUGGAUGGAUGGAUUGUAGAUUCUGUUAAUAGCUUGCCGGAUUGUUAUUCAUGAAAAGGCGUUGCAGCCCGAAUGUGUUCCUGCUUGGUUGGGUUUUGUUGAUACAGACAACAUACAUUACAACUCGAGCGACGAAAAGUAGAACCAGGAUCCGGUGCACCCACCUGCGGGGUGCAGUGAAGGAAGCUAAAAGCAAAUCUGAUUCGCCGAUACACAGGAUAGAGCCAGACCUUCUGUCUGUCUGUGUAUGUGCGGAAGAUACUGGCGGGGAAGGAUGCUGAUGAGGAUACUGUUUUGCAAUGCUUUGGAAUCGGAUCUAACAAAUGGUGAUAUAGUUACUGAGACGCCCAAGGGGUAGAGGGGGAAGGAGAAAGAGGGAAGGGUGGAAUGCUUGAUUAGGCCAACAAAUAGGUGACACAUAAUUGGAGAAUAAAGCGGAGCAAGAAAGAUAAAAAAACAGGGUGUGGUUGGUGUGAUGGGAGGAGAUGCAAAUAUGCUAGUGAAUCCGAUCUAAAUCCGGUUUCCGGUUAGCCCCACAACUGCUUUGGCUAGAGAAAGACUGCACCUAAAACGAAACAAAACGGAGCAAGCUCUGGAGGACGACAAGCGCAAUGAAAAGUUGCAAAAAUCAACACAGCAAUGGCUCCUCUGCGUAACCAAAUGUUUUCUUUCAUACACAACGCAAAAAAGAGAGAAAAAGAAAGAGAGAGAGAGA